UCUACGAGCGCUGUUAAUCAGACGAACAAGAAGAAGAAGAAGAAGAAGCGAUGGGACAAGGUGAUAAAGUGCGGCAUUCUAAAAGGCUGAAAACAUCGACUAACAAGGAACAUCACCGGGAAGAUGAUGAUGAUACUUAUGUUGUUCCUGAAGAAUUUGGUGGUGAUAGUCGGGAAGAAGAAACUAAGCAGAGAGACUUCACUAAGCUGGAACUUAAACCUGAUCAUGUUAAUCGUCCUCUAUGGGCUUGUGCUGAUGGUCGAAUCUUCCUCGAGACUUUCUCGCCUUUGUAUAAACAAGCAUAUGAUUUCCUUAUUGCCAUUGCUGAGCCUGUUUGUAGGCCGGAGAGCAUGCAUGAAUAUAACCUGACUCCUCAUUCGUUAUAUGCUGCUGUUUCCGUGGGACUUGAAACUGAAACUAUCGUGUCUGUCUUGGAUAAAUUGUCCAAGACUAGGCUUCCAAAAGAAAUGGUUGAUUUCAUAUAUGCUUCUACUGCAAAUUAUGGAAAAGUAAAGCUGGUGCUUAAGAAGAACCGUUAUUUUAUUGAGUCGCCAUUUCCGCAGGUAUUGAAAACAUUACUCGAGGAUGAAGUAAUAGGAAAAGCAAGGAUCUCUUCCGAGGGAAGUAAUGGAUUUACUAUCAGCAAAACAAUGGGUGAAACUGAAAGUAGUCACAGUGAGUUGCUAAACGAUGCCGAAUUGGCUGCUGCUACAGAAGAAAAAGAAAUACAUUCAUUUGAAAUUGACCCUGCUCAGGUUGAGAAUGUAAAGCAGCGUUGCUUGCCCAAUGCUUUAAACUAUCCCAUGCUCGAGGAGUAUGAUUUCCGGAAUGAUAAUGUCAAUCCUGACCUUGAGAUGGAGCUGAAGCCUCAGGCCCAACCACGGCCUUAUCAAGAAAAAAGUCUUAGCAAGAUGUUUGGAAAUGGAAGAGCAAGAUCAGGCAUUAUUGUGUUGCCAUGUGGUGCUGGAAAGUCACUUGUUGGUGUCUCUGCAGCCAGCCGAAUAAAGAAGAGCUGCCUUUGUUUGGCCACAAAUGCUGUUUCCGUGGACCAAUGGGCAUUUCAGUUCAAAUUGUGGUCAACCAUAAAAGAUGAACAGAUAUGUCGUUUUACAUCUGAUAGUAAAGAAAGGUUCCGUGGAAAUGCAGGGGUAGUUGUGACAACAUAUAACAUGGUUGCUUUUAGUGGAAAACGAUCUGAAGAAUCCGAGAAGAUUAUCGAGGAAAUAAGAAACAGAGAGUGGGGUUUGCUUCUAAUGGAUGAGGUGCACGUGGUACCUGCCCACAUGUUUAGGAAGGUCAUCAGCAUUACAAAGUCUCACUGCAAACUGGGUCUUACUGCAACACUUGUCAGAGAAGAUGAUAGAAUUACGGAUUUAAACUUCCUUAUCGGUCCAAAGCUGUAUGAGGCAAAUUGGUUGGAUUUGGUUAAGGGAGGUUUUAUUGCAAAUGUUCAGUGUGCUGAAGUCUGGUGUCCAAUGACAAAGGAAUUUUUUGCCGAAUAUCUCAAGAAAGAAAAUUCAAAGAAGAGACAGGCAUUGUAUGUUAUGAAUCCUAAUAAGUUCAGGGCCUGUGAGUUUCUUAUCCGAUUUCACGAACAGCAGCGUGGUGAUAAGAUUAUUGUUUUUGCUGACAAUCUUUUUGCUUUAACGGAGUAUGCAACAAAGCUCCGAAAGCCUAUGAUAUAUGGUGCUACAAGCCAUUUGGAGAGAACAAAGAUUUUGGAGGCUUUCAAGCUAAGUCGUGAUGUUAAUACUAUUUUCCUCUCAAAGGUAGGAGACAAUUCAAUAGAUAUCCCUGAGGCUAAUGUCAUUAUUCAAAUUUCCUCACAUGCGGGUUCAAGGCGUCAAGAAGCUCAACGGUUGGGCCGUAUUCUUAGGGCAAAGGGUCGUCUUCAAGAUAGGAUGGCUGGUGGAAAGGAAGAGUAUAAUGCAUUCUUCUAUUCCCUCGUGUCCACAGAUACACAUGAGAUGUAUUACUCAACAAAGAGGCAACAGUUUUUAAUCGAUCAAGGUUAUAGCUUUAAGGUAAUUACAGGUUUGCCACCAGAUGAUUCGGGAGCUGAGUUAAACUAUUCUCGUUUGGAAGACCAACUUGCUUUAUUGGGAAAGGUGUUGAGCGCAGGAGAAGAUACGGUUGGGUUAGAAAUGUUGGAAGAGGAUACAGACGACGUAGCCCUCCAAAAAGCUCGUCGAUCUGUAGGGUCAAUGACUGCUAUGUCUGGAGCAAAGGGGAUGGUUUACAUGGAAUACAAUAAUGGGAAAGGAAAACUGCAGGGAAAACCAGCUAAACCUAAGGAUCCAUCCAAGAGGCAUAAUCUCUUCAAACAACGUUUUCGAUGAAAACCAUAUUAGAACCGUUUGUGUAAUAUAAGGUCGAUGAAUUGUGGUUAGAUAUAUAGAUUAAUCGUUGUUGUAGCUUUAUUUUAGUAGAGAUAAUUGGUGUUAACUUUAUCUUAGUUAAAACUUGAUUAAAUAUGAUGAUUGAUAGUGC